AUGAAAGGGCAUCCUCGCCCAUCAUACCCUGCCAACCCCACUUUCGUCCCACCACUGCCUCAAGAACCCCCUGUCAUCGAUCUAUCCCCACAACAUACUCCAAGCUUCAACCCUUACCACCACUAUACGGGCUCCUCCUCCCAAACUGCCCGAGCUCCACUAACCAAACCAACCACAUGUCCCCCUCCACCAGCUACCCCUAUUUUCGUGGAGCCUCCACCAUCCACCCUCCACCGGUCUUCAGAGAACCGGCACUCCAAGCCCAAGACAACCAGUAUUACGCCCCGGAGCCCACCUUCAAAAUCCCAGAUCAUUACUCAUAUACCCCCCCGUUUCAAUCUUCCUAUCGAGACCGAGAAAUUACCCAAAAACCCAGAACAGGAGGAGAUGUUCAGGAAGUUAUACACUCAACCUCCUUCUUGCCCACAAUGGCGUGCCCCCACCCCACAGAACACCUACCCAGCUCCACAAAAUGCUUACCCACCUCCACGAACCUACCAAAACCCUGCCGGUCCAGGUUUCCGGCCCAAGCCAGUAUUCAGGAACGAGAGGUUGCAGCGGAAGAAAACUUUCACCCAGUUGGGGGAAUCUUACCAGCUUAUUCUAGAGAUUGAGGCAGUUGGAUGUGCUGAGGCCAAUUGA